CAGAGGGAGUCCAACUACUUUUUCCAACCCCUCCCAAAGGGGGAAGAAAAAUAAUAGAAAAUUAAACUGGGAUCUCCAUAAAUAUUUAACUGUGAGGUGCUGCGUUCAGUUAAGCACUGAGUGUUUGUAGAAAUAAAAAAGGACAACUAUUCAUGGUACCAGGCCAUUCUACGUGGAGAAAUUUCAUAGUACGAGGGUAACACGAUGUACCAACUGUGUGCAACACUGUUCAGUUUGCCUCUGGUCCUGCAUGCCUCUGGAGCAGGUCACUGGUGUUACGUUUCACAGAAUCCCGGUUGUGGGCCAUCCCACUGGAAGGACAUAAACCACAACUGUGGGGGCAAUAAGCAAUCUCCCAUCAAUAUUGAGAAAUCCAAAAUGAAGAGAGAUAGCAAUUUAGGGGAAAUCAUAUUCCAAGGGUAUAAUCACGCUCCUUCCCAUCACUGGAGGCUCAUGAAUGAUGGACACUCAGUUCUUCUGAGUCUUGAAGGAGAGGUGAUUUUGGGGCACAUCAAUAUCAGUGGUGCAGGGCUCCCCAACACAUAUCAUGCCCUGCAGUUUCACUUCCACUGGGGGAGCCCCAAGAGUGAUGGAUCAGAACACACCAUGGAUGGAAAACAGUUCCCUAUGGAGCUACAUAUUGUUCACAUGAAUGCCAAGUAUAAGAGCAUUGCUGAAGCAAAGAAGGACCCCGAGGGCCUGGCUGUGCUUGGGUUCCUUUUCACAGUUGGUGAGACUGAUAAUCCUUAUUAUAACACUCUGCUGCCAGCCUUGAAGAAUGUGUCUUUGGAAGGUGCCUUUGUGGAUUUGUCCUCAACAUUUCCGCUUGAAUCCAUCCUUCCAAGUCAUGAAAAGCUGUCUCGCUACUACAGAUAUCAAGGUUCACUCACCACUCCAGAUUGCUCAGAAGCUGUAAUCUGGACAGUCUUUGAGGAAUCAAUUAAAAUCAGCCAUAAUCAGCUUAAGAUUUUCACUGAUACAGUUCACUUCUCUGCCAACAAUGAGAAACUUAUCAAGAUGACCAGCAAUUUUCGUCCACCCCAACCACUGAAUGGACGCACUGUCUGGGCUUCCAAAGAUGCCACUGUGAGUCACUCCAAUACUGUCAUCGCCUCGAUCAUUACACUGUGCCUGGGGAGCAUGACCACUCAAGCCUUUCUGCUUUUCUGAGAAGCUUUUUUUUGGAGUUUAUGAUGAACUUUAGAAAAUUCAGACUUUCUGGGCAAUUGCAUCAAGGAACGAAGAACUGCACUAAAUGCAAUAUCAAUGCAGCCUGAUGUUUGUACUAGUAAUUUAAGGCAAUCUAAUCAAUGAACACUCUUCAAAUGAAGACCUGGUAACCCAAUAAGAUCUUUCUCACAAUCUGACUUCCUCAUCCUUGCAUACCGCUUACUAUUAUAGUAAGUCAUCUUCACUUACUGCUAGAUUG